AGGAUGGAUCUACCCUCUUAGCAGAGCAGAAGUCUACUUCGGCAGUUGGCAAGUUGGGCUCUCAUUUGGGAGUGAAGCAGGAGCUGAAACAAACGUUUCUCCUUCUCCUCCCUGAGAAGAUUCCUUUCACCUCCGCGCAUCAACUUGGCUGUCGGAAACCCUACAAGAUGACACCAACCGGGCUACACUCGCGCGUUCUGCUCCUGCUCUGCUUCGUCUCCACCACAGCGUGCAAUACGUUUGCAUUCACCGAGGAGCCCUCUGAGAGAGUCGGCAAGGCGGACGGGUAUUGUAGUCGGAUAUUACGGGCUCAGACCAAUCGCAAGGACGGCAACAACGAAUUUCGCCUCCGCGUUGAAGGAGACCCGGACAAUUACCAGCCAGGGAGCACAUACAGAGUGUCUGUGAUUGCAACCAGCCCCUCCUACUUUAGAGGGUUCAUCCUUAUUGCCCUGAAGGAGGGCACAGAAGGAGACAAGGACGAGGACUUUGCUGGAAAUUUCCAGAUAACUGAUGAAGAGGAAACACAGUUUAUGACCAACUGCCCCCCUGCAGUGACAGAGAGCACUCCUCGCAGACGCACCAGCAUCAGGGUGUUCUGGACUGCUCCACCGAGUGGCUCUGGCUGUGUCGUCCUCAAGGCAAGCAUUGUGCAGAAGAGGAUAAUCUAUUUCCAGGAUGAAGGUUCACUCACCAAGCGAAUGUGUGAGAAAGAAUCCCUGUACGGAGAUGCUACAGAUAAACCUCUGCUUGACUGUUGUGCCUGUGGAACAGCAAAGUACAGAGUCACCUUUUAUGGGAACUGGUCGGAGAAGAUUCAUCCCAAAGACUAUCCCCGUCGUGCCAAUCACUGGUCAGCCAUAAUUGGUUCGUCCCACUCUAAGAAUUAUGUGCUGUGGGAAUACGGUGGCUUUGCCAGCGAUGGAGUUAAACAGGUAGCUGAGCUGGGCUCCCCGGUCAAAAUGGAGGAGGAAAUCAGACAAAAGGGUGAUGAUGUCCUGACAGUCAUCAAAAUGAAAGCACAGUGGCCAGCCUGGCAACCACUUAAUGUAAAUCAUGAUCGUUCUUUCUCCAGACGGGCUGCCCCUUCAGCUGAGUUUUCAGUGGACCGUACCCGUCACCUCAUGUCCUUCUUGACCAUGUUGGGGCCCAGUCCAGACUGGAAUGUAGGUCUUUCUGCUGAGGACUUGUGCACCAAGGAGUGUGGCUGGGCCCAGAAGGUGGUCCAGGACCUGAUCCCCUGGGAUGCAGGCACUGACAGUGGUGUGACAUAUGAGUCUCCCAACAAGCCCACGAUGCCUCAGGACAAGAUCCGUCCCCUGACCAGCCUGGAUCAUCCACAGGGCCCGUUUUAUGAUCCUGAGGGGGGCGCUAUCACUCCUGUGGCCAGGGUGGUGGUGGAACGCAUUGCAAGAAAGGGCGAACAGUGCAACAUUGUGCCGGACAACGUGGAUGACAUUGUAGCAGAUAUUGCCCAGGAGGAGAAAGAGGAAGAUGAUACCCCUGAAACAUGUAUCUACUCCAAUUGGUCUCCAUGGUCCGCCUGCAGCUCAGCCACUUGCGAAAAGGGCAAACGGAUGAGGCAGAGGAUGCUGAAGGCCCAGUUGGACCUUAGUGUUCCCUGCCCACACACCCAGGAUUUUGAGCCUUGCAUGGGGCCUGGAUGCAGUGAUGAGGAUGCUUCCACCUGUAUGAUGUCAGAGUGGAUCACCUGGUCUCCAUGUAGUUUGUCCUGCGGGAUGGGCACACGCUCCCGGGAGCGUUACGUUAAGCAGUUCCCUGAUGAUGGCUCAGUUUGCACCCUGCCAACAGAGGAGACUGAAAACUGUGUGGUCAAUGAGGAAUGCUCUCCCAGCAGUUGCCUGGUUACAGAGUGGGGGGAAUGGGAUGUCUGCAGUGCCACUUGUGGUCUUGGCAUGAAGAGGAGAGAACGCAUGGUGAAGAUGCCUCCUGCAGAUGGCUCCAUUUGUGGGGCAGAGGUGCUAGAAGUGGAGAAGUGCAUGAUGCCAGAAUGUCACACAAUUCCCUGCAUGCUGAGUCCAUGGUCUGAAUGGAGCGACUGCAGUGUGACGUGUGGCAAGGGGCUGAGGACACGACAGCGCAUGCUCAAGUCCCCCGUGGAGCUGGGAGAGUGUACAGAAGAGUUAGAACAGGUGGAGAAGUGCAUGCUACCAGAAUGUCCCAUAGACUGCAUCAUGUCAGAGUGGACCGAGUGGUCAGAGUGCAAUAAGUCCUGUGGGAAGGGUCAUACGAUCCGGACACGCAUGGUGAAGCUGGAGCCUCAGUUUGGAGGAGACCCCUGUCCUGAAACCAUCCAGAGGAAGAAAUGUAAGAUUAGGAAAUGCAACCGAGGACAAGCCAACAGUGAUGAGAAGAAACGACGUAAGGAGCAGCGCGAAAAGAGGAGGAGCAAACAGGGCAGAGCUGAGGUCGCCUCCGAGCAUCCAGGGUGUAAAAUGAGACCAUGGUCGAGUUGGACAGAAUGUACCAAGCUGUGUGGUGGAGGUAUUCAAGAACGGCUCAUGACAGUGAAGCAAAGGUUUAAGACUGCCCAGCUGUCCAGCUGCAAGGACAGGAAGGAGAUCAGAGCUUGUAAUGUGCACCCCUGCUAGAAAGUAGUAGGGGA